AUGCAGGAUUAAAGAUAUUAAUGCUUGGUUGAAAAAUACCAUUUUUAAUUGGAAUAGUUCAAUUUCAAUAAGGCUUUUGUAAAAAGGUGUCUAGUAUCAAAGGAUUAAAGAUUUGUUGCAAUUAGUGUUAGGGGAUGUUACGAGAAUGUAUCGAAACAAAAUUACCAUUACUAUUAUCAAAUUUGGAGUUUGGAGGAAAGAAAGUGCGUUAAAACAUAUCAAAUAAUAUUAUGUUCUCCUAUAUCCUAAUUCAUGUGCGGUUUUUCUGAGUGUUCCAAAUAUUUUGUAAGUUUUAAUUGCAAUUGUGAAAUGACAAUCGUCCAAUUAGAAAAAUAAAAGGAAAGCUUUACGGUUAGUUUGCCUGGACACUAAGUAAUAGAUAAAUUAAUGAUUCACUCAGCUUUGGUGUUUAUUAUUGUAGAGAGACUGAUCUAAAUUCACAGUUUAGUAAAUGGCGCACUUAUAUAAAAAAUAGAGCUUUAAUUUCAAUAGGAGAAUUUUACACCCCUGAGCUCAUUUAGAUUUCUAGUUUCAAAUAAAGAAAAAAAGUCAAUAUAAAUUUGGAGAUGGAUAGAUUAGGGAAUAAAAUUAUUAAAAGAAAUGUUCCCAAAAAAUAGUUACGAUGAAUUACUUAAUUUUAAGAAUAAGAUUAUUAUUGGACAAUAGCAGACGUGCAUCCAUUUACUUUCUCCAACCAAAUUACAUAUCAUUAGGAAUAUUAGCAUAGAAUAUCAAUUCCACAAUAUUCUUAUUGACGAAAAUAUCUCUAUACUCAAUAUCUAUAGAAGUGUUUGUCCAAAACAGAAAAAAGUCGUUUAUGUUAAUUGUUUUCCCAGAAUUCAAAUUUAUGAGUCCAAUCACCUUGACGAUGUUGAUUAUACCUUUGAAAAUCUAUACUUUUAUUCGGGAAUCAUGGUUGGAUGGGAUUAUGAUAAUCCAAAUAAAGUAGGAUUUAUGAUAUAUAAAUUUUCAAAAUGA